AUGAAUACAGACGGUGGACGUUUUGAUUUUAAUGAUGGUGGUACUUAUAUUGGUAAUUGGUAUCAAGGUUCAGCUCAUGGACUUGGUUUAGCUACAGGACCAAAUGGUGUUGGUGAAUAUUCUGGUGAAUGGAAUUUAGGUUUUGAAACAUGUGGUGUAUAUUUAUGGCCAAAUGGAAAUAUGUACGCUGGUACAUGGAUUAAAGGAAAACGUCAUGGUAAUGGUAUUCAAGUGAGAGGAAAAUGGAUUUAUCAAGGUGAAUUUAAUUCAGGUGCUUUUAGUCAAUAUGGAGUGAAAACAUCAAUAAAUAAUCAAGCAAAAUAUGAAGGUAGUUGGAAUGUAAAUCGAUUUGAAGGUUUUGGAAUUGAAACAUGCGCUGAUGGAAGUAUAUAUGCUGGUGCUUGGUCAAAAGGAUUUCGUCAUGGUUUAGGUGUUCGUAAAUCAUUCAUUAGUUAUAAAACUAAUACAACAUUGUCAGAUAAUUUACCAAAUACUACUAUAAACACGGAAACAAUAACUACUACUACUACUAAUCCUAUUACCACUACCACCACCACCACCUGUACCACCACCACCACCACCAGCUGUACCACCACCACCACCACAACAACAACAACAAAGAUACCGAUUACAAAAACAGAAUAUCUAAAUGAAUUAGAUCAAAUGAAAAACAUUCAUAUCAUUAAUCAAUCACUUAAAUCUAAUGAUAAACAUCAUAGUUCUAAUAUAAAUUUACCAUUAAAAGAAACUUUAUCCGUAAGUCGUAAAGCUGUAAUUGGUAGAGCAAUUAUGCGUCGAUUAAAAAAACAACAUUCAGCGAUUGAAUUAGGUCGGUCAAUAAUUAGUACUAAUACUACUCCUACUACUCCUACUACUACUAAUACUAAUACUACUUAUAACAAUACUACUACUACCACUACUACUACUAAUACUACUAAUGACAAUACUCCUACUACUCCUACUACUCCUACUACUACUACUAUUAAUAAUCCAUUAAGUAAUCUAAAUGAUACACAUGGAAAUAAUACAACAAAGAAAGAAAAAAUACAAAAAAAUAUUGAUUACAUUAUUGAUUUUCAAUCAAAUAAUACUAAUAAUAAUAAUCAAUAUAUUAGUGUAAUAGAAAUAUAUUCUGGUGAAUGGUUUCAAGAUCAACGUUCUGGUUAUGGUAUAUCAGAACGUUCUAAUGGUAUAAUAUAUAUUGGUGAAUGGAUACGUAAUCAAAAACAUGGUUAUGGUAUAUUAAUUAAUCCAAAUGGUACACGUGAUGAAGGACAAUUUCAAGCGAAUCAAUUAAUUAAUAAAAUUAAUCGUAAAAAUAAAUUACAUUUAGUACGUCAAACAAAAUUAAAAGAAUGUGUUGAAUAUGCAUUAAUACGUGCUGAAACUGCAGCAAAACAAGCUAAAUUAAUAGCAUUAGAAGAAGCAAAAGAAAAUGCAUUGAAAGCUCGUAAAGCAUCUGAUUUAGCCAUGUCUAUGAUACAGAAAGCAUUGCAUUUAUCUAAUCAAGCAAGAGAAUUAGCAUUUCAAUUAGAACCAAAAUUUCAUCAACCAGGAAUUGAAUGGAGAAAAAAGUGUCAAUAUGAAAUCAUGAUUCAUGAUUCUUCCAAUGAAUUAAAAUCUUCAAGAUUAUAUUCAUCCAAUAAUUCUAUGGAUCAUUUAUCAACUUCUUCAAAUUUACCAAUCACUCAAUCUUAUUCAUCUUCUCCAACAUUAAAAAUAGAAGAUAUGACAUCUCAUUUAAUAAAUAGUCCAACAAAUCAACCUUUUAUUCAUGAUCGUUUACACCGACAAUAUCCUCAACAAUUACAAUCAUAUCCAAUGAUUAAACCUUCUACACAUUCAUUAACCAAUAUACAAGAGUUGAAACAACAACAGCAACGACAUCAAUAUCCACAAAAAAGACGUAAAUUCUUUCAAAAAUUCUUAUCACGUGACUCUACACCAAAUUCAAUGGAUCAUAUAGAUGAAACAUCUAUGGAUAUAUUUGAAUGUUUUGCAAAUUUGAAUAAUCCACAUUUACAUCGAUCUGUAAAACCAAUGACAAAGAGUAAUGAAUUACUGAAUGUUACCGUGUCACCACCACCGCCACCACCGCCACCACCACCACCAUCAUCGGCAUCAUCAUCAUCAUCAUUAAGAACAACAACAACAAUAGGAACAAGAACAACAGCAACAACAAUAACAAUAACUGAUGAAUGUAUUCGUCCAUUUUCUGCACCUCAUAAAACAUUCAUGAAUGAAACAUCAUUAAAUGUUAAAGGUAUAACACGAAGUUAUUCACCUAAUGAUAGAACAAUAUCACCAUUAAAAGAAGUUUCUAAUGAAGAUGUAGAACAAAAAACUAUACCAAUAGAAAGAAAUAAUGAAAUGUUAACAAAACAAAUGAGUUCAUCCACUGGUGAUAUUAUAGAUAUAUGUAAAACAUCAAUAGAUCCUUAUAUGAAUAGUAUGGUUAAUAUAUCAUCAUAUCGACAACAGUAUCAACAACCAUUGAAUCAUUUAACUUCUUAUACAAAAUCGUAUACUUCUGAAGGAUAUACUUUAUUACCUAAUCAACAUAUUAAAAAAACAUUAUCUCCAAUCCAUUUAUCAACUAUUCUACCUAAUAAUACUUCUAUUACAUUAACUCAUAUACCAAAUUCUUCUUUAUUAUCGAAUGAAUACAUGAAUAAACAAAAUAAUCAUGAAAUAUCAUCGGUUAAUCAAUUACAAUCAAAUUUAAAACAACAACAAAUCGAAGAAGAAGAAGAAGAAGAAGAAGAAGAAGAACACGAUGGCGACGACCACGACGACGGCGACGACGACGGAAACGAGAAAAAAAAAGAAAAAAAAAUACAAUCAAUACAAAUAUGUAAAUUAUCACAAUCAAUGAAUUUAUCCAAUCAAAUUAAUCAUAAUAAAAUCAAUAUUCAAUCAAAUUCAUCUCAUCCACCUAAAUUAGGUAUGAAUUCAACACAAGAUUCUGGUUAUUUAUCUAUAGAUCCAUAUGAAACUUAUUCUAUUCAAUCAUUGAAUCAUUCAUCAGAGAUGAAUAAACAAGAAUCAUCUAUGAAUGUGAAUAUACCAACAACAAUUUUAUAUAAACCUACAUUACAAUCAAUCAUUAUGAGAUCAGAUCUAAAGGAUUUUAAUUCAAGAUUAAAUUCUAAAAAAUGUUACAUUCAAUCAUCGAAUUAUUAUUUUACAAAUGUAUCACCAAAAGCGAAAAAAUUAAAAAUUCCUAUAAAUCAUGAAGAUAUUCCACAAUUCAAUAAACGACAUAUAAUCAUAGCACGACGUAAAUUAUCAACAAGUCCUAAACGAUCUCAUCGAUCAUAUAGUUCCUAUCAUAAUGAAGUGUCGAAACAAUUCAAAUCUCAUAUUCAACCACAUUAUUGGAUACCAGAGAAUUAUACAGCUUAUUCAAAGAUGGAUAGUAAACAAUUCAAUAUACCACAACAUCAAUUAUCAUCAUUACAACCAAUCAUUAAAUCGAUUCAUUCACAUCCAUUAGAUGAUACUGUUGAUGGAAUUGUACCAGAUGUUGAAUGUAUCAGUGAAAAGUCAGAAUUAAGUUCAACAACAAUUCAAUCAACACCUUAUCAUCAAUCAAUCAAUAUUGAUUCAACAAUGAAUGAAUCGGAUCCGAUUCAAAUAAGAGAAUCUCCUAUGGAUUUAAAGAAAUUAUAUUUAUUACGACAUAUUAAUCCAUUAGAUAAUAAUCAAUGGGAUAAUACAAAUUCAUAUGAUGUUAAUCAAUAUCAAAUACCGACAGUUUACACUACUGAUGACGGACAUCAUCAUCAUGAUGAUGAUGAUAAUGAUGAUGAUGAUGUGAAUGAAAAUGUACGUCCGGUUAUUAUCAAUCCUACUGAUGAUAUAGAUGAUGACGAUAAUGUUUAUGAAGAUAGUGCAACUUUAUAUAAACAGUCUAUAAUUCCAAGGGGUCAUCAUCACUCGUUAGAACGAUACGGAUCAUUGUUGCCAAAUCAAAGAUUACCUGAUGGUAAACGAAUUAUAAUGAAUGAUCGUUCAACACAAUCUCAAACGAAAUUAUACACUAUACGUAAUUUUAAUUGCUAUCAGAAUUUACAUCAAAUACCUACCAGUAAAAUGUUAUCUUCACCUUCAUUUAUACAUAAUGAUCAUAUUUAUCAAACAGAUGAAGAUAUUCAUUCAAUGAAUUAUGGAAGAUUUACCUCUGUUGAAUAUAUAAAACCAUCCCUAGGAGUUUCGUAUGGAAUACAAGAUUCCACAUAUAUAGAUCCCCGUGAAAUGAAUAGAAUAAAACAAACAAAUUUAGAUAAUCAUAAUCAAUAUAUAAUGAAUAGGACACUUACAGAUAAUAAACAAUUUCGACCAUCAUCUUCACCAUCAACCUCAUCAUUGACAUUAUCCUUGUCAUCGUCAUCCUCCGCCGCCUCCUCCUCCUCCUCCUCAUCAUCAUCAUCAUCAUCAACAACAUCAACAUCAUCAUCAUCAUCAUUAUCUACACCAACAUUAUCUACAGUAUAUACAAAUUCUAUAUGUCCAAGUAAAUAUGUUUCUACACCAUUAACAAAUGCUAAUAUAUUAUGGAGUCAAGAAAUGAAUCCAUUUUCUUUAAGAAAUUCAAUGUAUACAGGAUCAUUAAAACAAUUUCCUAAACAAUUUAUACAAUCUACAUAUCCAAAUUAUAUAUCACAUAGUUUAACUAGUAAACAAUUUCAACAUAUUUAUCCUCCUCCUCCUCCUCCUCAUCAUCAUCAUCAUCAUCCUCAUCAUCAUCAUCAGCAGCAGCAGCAGCAGCAGCAACAGCAGCAACAACAACAACAGCAACCACAACAACGACAGCAUCAACCACAACAACAACACCAACAGGAGCAACAACAACAACAGCAACAACGACAGCAACAACUACUACAACAUCAAUCAUCAUAUCAACCAUUAUUUGUAUCAAAUUGUUCAUUAUCUCCAUUUAAUAUGAAUCAUAAUGUCAUGAAAUAUUCUACUAUUCCAUUAGAUAAAACAAUAUUUAUGAAAAGAAGAAGAAGAAGAUUGACUACUGAUAUAAAUGUCAAAAAUUUCAAUUUUACAAAUAGUAAUAAUACUACUACUAGUAAUAGUAAUAGUAAUAAUAAUAAUACUAUGAAUAUUGAUUAUGGCACUACCGAUACUACUACUAAUACUACUGAUACUACUAAUAAUGAGAAAUGGUUAUAUAAUACAAUACAAUCGAAUGAAAUCAAUCUAUCAUUAAUGAAAUCAAAUCGAUUAAGUAAUUUUCAUAUUAAAGAAGAUGGAUUAUUCAUGAAUAAACAUCGUCGUUGUAUAAGUUGGCCAUAUACAUUAUAUGAAACUAUACCAAAGAUAUGCUACAAUGAAUAUAAACAUUCUAUGAUCACUACUAAUAGAACUAAUGAUAGUAAUGAAUUAAAACAAAAAACAUUGAAAAGUUUACCGGUUACAUUGAAUUCAAAUAGAAAUGUAAUGGAUUCAUACAUUUCAACAACGAAUACAUCGAAUAAGUUAAAUGAGACUUAUUUUUCAUAUAAUAAUCCAUGGUACUCAUUAACUUUAAUGAAUACCGUCAUAUUAAUAUUGGUACUUAUUAUUUCAUUAAUCAAUUGGUUAUGGUAUGAAGAGAAACGAAGAAAAUCGAAUAUACCUUCUUGA